AUGUCGAUCCCGAACGAAGCUCUUCAAAAGUUGGUGCGGGAGAUCGAAAGCCAGGCCUUGGUGGCCCAGCAGCAGAUUGGCCUCGCCCGUACACAAAUAACUUCGAAGCAGCGCGAACAGCGCCUUGUCAAGCUGACUAUGAAUGAGAUGUCCACUCUUCCUUCUGACGCGGUGGUAUACGAAGGCGUUGGAAAGAUGUUCGUCUCACUGCCUGUGGACUCUCUUCGGCAAAAGCUCGAGGGCCAGACGCAAACUCUGGAAGGGGAGGUGGACAAGCUCAGCCAGCGAUUGCUAUAUCUGGAAACCACACACAAGAAUAGCCGCGAGCACAUCGAACAGAUGCUUCGUACCAAAUAA